CGACUUGGUAUUUCAUGUUGACAAUCAGCGCGCUCGCAUCGCAAUCCACGACAAACCGAUGUUCGGAGUGUAACGCAAUCAAUCGAUUAAUUGCGCGCACCUGCUCGAAAUAAAAGUCCGAGAAAAUCGACAAUGGCUUCGUCCGGAGAAGCGACCGCGAGCCAGCGGCGCAAGUCGGGAAGGGCUGUCAAGGUCCCCGACAAGUUUCAGCCGGAGGUCGAAUCGUCGAAAAAUGCCGGCGCAGGCGGGAAGAGGAAAAGGAGUGGCGAUGAUAUGGAAGGAGUAGAGAAUGAGGAGGAACAGGAAGAAGAGGAGGAGGAGAGCGACGAAGAAGACGAUGAGGAGAGCGAGGAGGAAGAAGCGCCCGUGAAGAAGAAGUCCAAGCCGAAGGCAGCGGUCACAAAGAGCGCACCAGUUGCAAAGAAAGCCAAGGUCAAUGGCAGUGCCCCACAACCAAAAGCGCAUUCAAUGAGGCUCCCGAGCAGGGCGAAGAAGCCAACUGGGAAGGUGGUGUUCAGGGACAAUGAUGCGGAGGGGCUUUAUGCUGAAAUAUUCACGAGCGAUAAAUCUUCGAAGGAUGUUGCGACACAGUGGCUUGGUGAAUACGACGCAGACAACACAGCAGCAAUGGCGGACCUUGUCAACUGCGUCCUGAAAUGCGCUGGCUGCGAUAUCAAAGUGACGGAAGACGACAUCAAUGACCCAGAUAACAGCCCAAACCGACUCAACGAGAUCCAGGACGAGCACAAGGAGAAGAAUGUUGCCGACUACCCAUUGAUUUCGAAGGCGAAAUCCUCCCACGCAUUUAAAGUCUGUCUCACGGAUUUCUUCGAAUCGCUGAUGGGACUCAUGCAUUCGACUUCUGUUCUAUACGAGGAUAUUGCGCUGAUCGAGAACAUUCAUCUGUGGAUCACAAGCAUGUCUUCAUCCUUCCUUCGCCCCUUCCGACACACUGCGACUGUUAUUGCACUCGCAUGCGCUACGGGCCUGUGCGAGGUAGCGAAGUCGCAGGUGCAGAACACAGCAGACAUGCUUACAUUGAUGGAGAAGGAAGAGAAGCUCGGGUCGAAAGCAAACAAGGGCCGCCUUGCAACAUACCAGAAGAACAUCGACAAGGGAAAGCAGCACCGCGAAACUUCAGAGGGAACCAUCAAGGAUUUCUUCGAUACUGUGUUUGUCCAUCGAUAUCGCGACGUGGACCCGAAAAUCAGAACAGAUUGUGUCGAAGCCUUGGGGCAAUGGAUUCUCAUUUUACCAACUACAUUCUACGAAGGGACAUUUCUACGAUACCUAGGCUGGCUACUCUCCGAUCAGAACGGGCCCACGCGACAUGAAGUUAUCAAACAAUUGGAACGGAUCAUGAAGUACGGCGAGCUUGGUGGGAUACGCAACUUUAUCGACAGAUUCCGUCCUCGCAUUGUCGAGAUGGCAACAAAAGAUGCAGAGACAACCGUUCGCGCAUCGGCUGUGGAUCUCCUUGAUAUGAUCCGCGAGAAAGGCAUGCUGGAGCCGGACGACAUUGAUAUUAUCGGCAAGCUCAUAUUCGACUCUGAUAUAAGGGUGCGCAAGUCUGUUGUUAACUUCUUCGCGGCCAAUAUUGAAGAUCUGUACGAGUCUAAGAUUGAAGACCUUGGCGGCGAGGAAGCACUGGAUGAGGCAUUCACUCUGGACGAUGAGAAUAAGGAAAACCCAUGCUCGGGCUGGAUUAAGCUGAAGGCUCUGGCAGAGGUGUUGUUGAAUUACGAUGACGGAGAUGCUGUAGAUGAAGGGUCAAGUCAAGACGACGACCUCGUCAUUAGUGACGGCACAAUCAACGCCGCUGGUUUUGAGUCGAGAUACUCCCUUGCGGCAGAGGUUCUAUAUGACAAGGUCGCCGAGCUUCAAGACUGGGGGAUGCUGACUGGAUACCUGCUGUUUGAUCACUCUAAUAAGCAGAAAGCCGGGUCGGUCUCUGUUGCCGUCAGGAGCGCAUUCAAGCUGGAAGAGAAGGAGGAAGUCGCCCUCCUAGAGAUCCUACACGCAGUUGUGAAGACCCACCUAGCCAGGCUAAGUGAGGACCACCACCAGAAAAAGAAAGGUGGAAAGUCAGCUUCUCGUGUCGAUGAAGACUCGACGGCACGGAAACUCGCGGCUGUCCUUCCCCGCCUGUUGAAGCUAUUCGGAUCAAAGCCGAAGACGUCAACUGCCGUCCUUCGUCUCGAGCACGUUCUAAACCUAGGCAUCUUCCAAGAGCUGCGCCAGGACUCGACUGCGUAUGCGACCUUAUUACACGAGAUCAAGUCUCAGUUUAAGAGCCAUGCGGAUGCACAUGUUUUGAGGGAGGCCAGUGUUGCUUUGCUGCAUGCACAGGCAUUUGAAGAACUCGGAGAGACAACGGAAGAUCAGAUGCAAUCACUUUGGGUCGACACUAUUGACGAUUUGAGGAAGCGUUUCCCAAAGAGCACUGAGAUAUCGGUCAGAGGCGACACGAAAGUCGAGCUUGUCCUCCAGCUAACGACAACGGUUACCCGACUCAACCGGCUGGCGGGGAUAAGCAAUCCCGUGGAGCUAUUUGAAAAGGCACCUAAAAAGACCGCGAAAGGCGAGAGAUCCUCUACGAUGCCAGUCAUUGAUAUGCUUCUCGAGCUUGUCGGCCGCGGCUUCCUAGAUACCCCAGAUCCAGAUAUCGAUGACGAAGAGGAUAAGUUGGUUAUCAGCGCCAUCCAGACCUCUCUAUUCUACUUCAUGUGGAAGGGCCGCGCCUUGAAGGAGGCGGUUGAGAAUGCCGAAGAGGUCUCCGACGUAGAUGUCGAUGAGAUCAAAGAGCGCACCGAAACCUUCUCCGACAAACUCAUCAGCACGCUCUCCUCACGCGCUGGCCUCGACUCCUGCCGCCUCCAGGCCACCGGCUCCAUCCUCGACCUCUACACCAUCUUCCGCUCCAUCCUCACCAGCAAGAAAGCCGAAGCCGCGUUGGCCGAAAACGACUUCUCGCAUCUCCUUACCCUCGUCCGCCACAUCGCGCCAGAAGUCCAGGAGGAGAUUACCUCCAUCUUCGCAACGGCUGAAAAGCACUAUGCCAACAAGGCGCACAAGACCCUUGAGCCGCCUGCUGACAAUGACGACCCAGAGGAUAUUGACUCCGAUCCCGAAGACGACGACGAGGGCCUCACGGAUGCAGAGCGCCAGGUUGACGGCCUGAAGGCUGAGCUGCAGCUGUGCGACCUUAGCUCCAAACUCGUCCUCGCCAUCUACGCGCGCGUCAUCGAUGCAGAGGGUGCCUUGGAGGGGAAGCUCAAGCACCGCAUGAUCCGCAACAAACGCAGGCUGGGGGCGAACGUCGCGCAGAUCCUGGCUGUUCUAGAAGAGCCGAAUCCGAAGAAGGGGAAAAAGGGGAAGACGUCGGGAGGGAAGAAGCCGAAGGAGAGCGAGGCGAGGGCGAAGAUGAAGAGUUUAGAAAUUGUGGUCGAUGAUGAUGAAGACGAGGACGAGGAGGAAGAAGUCGAUGAGGAGGAGCGGAGGAGACAGGAGCUAAUUGACGAGGAGGGUCCGCCGAGCGCGGACGAGGCAGACGAAGAGAUUGUUGAGGAGGAGGAUGAGGAGAUCUUGGGGGAUUAAUCUGGUGCGCUAUGAAUGGCUAUGGUCUAUCUGGGAUCUGUCACAAAUGAUAACUUAUUGGGGGGGUGGGCGGUGAGGUUGCUGGUGUCUGGCGUUCCGGCCGCAGCUGUAGGAUAUUGCUUGGUACUUGGCAUCUAUGGAAGCUUUGAUGGGGCUUGGCGGGGUUUACGCCAGCUCUUUUAUGAUUAAUUCAUGCGCGCGAACACUUUAGGUCGUGCAAGCUUGGGGGGGUGGGAUUGCUAGGUCUUGUAGCUUGCGAAAAACUUUUAAAUAUAUCCUGCUUUUUACC